GUCAUUCAGUCCACAUCCUCAUCUCAUCUUCCUUGCUCUCAGAUACAGAAAACUCACUCAAGGCACGGCAGAGUACUCUCAGCCACAAAUCACAUUCACACACAUUAUUCGAAACCCAUAUCACAGUACACUACCAUCAACAAUCGCUGCCACAAACUCGAAAGUCAAAUAACCAAACCACUACCUCGCCUUCAACUUGAACACCACACCAGCAGGUAGCAACCCACACAAGCAUAUACCAUGGACGAAACAUUCCAACACUCACAAGCAGUUAACUUCACUCGCACUCUUACAGCAAUUCCCAGACAAAGCGAAAGGAAGGCGGGAGAGAAAAGAGAGCCUGAAAGAGAAUUUGGGUUUCGGCUGAAGCCUGAAAGCCUAAGCCCAACUCCGAAAGUGAGAUCCAUUAUUCAGAGCCCACCCAAGUUUCAAGAAGUGUCCAAGAGCCCUGAUCCGAUAGAAAUCCCAUUACCGACACUGAUCUGAUCGUGGUCCAAAUUCCAAACCCAAUUCCCAACUUAAGAAAAUAUUUCUUCACCACAAUCAAUCCAGUCCUCUUGGACCAGGAACUCAGCUCAGCUUUUCAGAUUAAAGAUGGAAACAAGGAUAGCAUUAAGUGUAGCUGUAAGUGAAGUUCUUAACGUAGACAAUUAUUUGGUUUGGAGCGUUCAAGUGAGAACCUAUUUGAUUGCUCAAGAUCUUUGGGACAUUGUUGAAGCAGCUGACCAAGAAGAUGAUGAAGCUGCUUCCAAGGCUUGGACCAAGAAGAAUGCCAUGGCUUUACACGUGAUCCAAAUUUCAUGCUCGCAACGGAUAUGUCAUGUGAUUAGUCUGAUUACUUCCGCAAAAAUUGCUUGGUCUACUUUGGAAGGGAUAUGCAGAAUCCCCAAAACACAUCUUGUUGAGUUGCAGAGUGGAUCUUCUGGUGCUGCCGUUAAGAGAAUGAACCUAGAAGAAUUCUUGGAGCAAUUUUCUGAGGAUGAGGAGAAUGAGAAAGUAGCAGCUGACUUCUAUCCUCUUUCAAGUAAUACUGUCAUGUUCCAACGGUCUGAGAUUCCUGCAGAAGGUCAACCACUGCUGGAAGCAAUUGUAAGAAAACAUCCUCACUUCAUGACGGGAUGCAAGCUAGGUGCUUCUUUGAGGAAAUCUGGACUUCAAUUGCUCGUUGCAGUAUUGCUGGAUAUGCAGCAUACAAAGCUUGAAAGUACAAACUUGAAGAGAGCACUUGAGUGGAAGAAUGCUCUUAAGGAUUUGUUGUUCAUAAAGUUUGGAGUUCAAUUCAUCCUUGAUAAGAUUCAAACUGCUGCUGAGGCUUGUAUUGCUCGAGAUAAUGAGGCUAUGUUGAAUGAGCUUGCAGUGAAGUUAGCUGAUCUUGAGAAAGUAAUUGCAGCAAAGAAAGUUGAGCUUUCUCUUUUAGUGAGCCAAAGGGAUGAAAUGAUGCAAUCAUCGUCAGCUAGAGGUGCUUCUUUCUCAGCGGAAACCUUUGGCGAUGGCUUAUUAAACUAACUUUUUUAUUAGUAGGUUAGUAUAUUGAACAAUUUGUCCUUAAGUUAUGAUGUAAUGAAACAGGUUAUGUAUUUUGGGUUUAUUUAGCUAUGUAGGCUGUGUUUUGUGCAAAGGUGCA